UCUAGGCAGUCAGCCAUUUACAUUACUUUUGCCGGAGAGCGGAGAGAUCAGACCAGAGCACAACUAAUAAGAGUUAUGACGGAUUUCAUCUUGACCGUCGACUAAGAGCAAUUGAAAUUCUCAAAUGUUUGGCUCACUAUGAGCAAGAGAGAUCUGUGGGGCGACAGGCACCCAGAUUGCCCAGAAAGGCAGCAAUUGCGACCAGACCAGGACUUUACCAACGAAGAGGAUAACAAUUUUGGAUCCCAAUCGCAAUUACUGGGUUCUGGAGGUGCUGGUGGCAAAGGAGUCAAGAGUGGGGGAGGUUUGGCCUCCACCACGGCAACUUCAGGGGCCCAAGGGCCCAUUAUUAACCUACGGUUGGAACCUCUUACCUCUGCCAGCCUUAGUCUUGGCAGAGGACUAACUCCUGCUGGUUCAGAACAAUAUCUUGGUGGUAGUAGUGCUGCUCUUACUGCGACAGCUGCACUCUCUGCUGGAGGACUUGGGAAUACACCUGGAGCAAUCAGUGCUGCAUCUUUAGCUGCCAAUACAAGCACCACCUUUGCUGGACCCAGCACAAUGCAGUCAUCCAGCUCAGCAGUAGGUGGGGGUGCUGGGACUCGACAGAGUAGCAGUUCUACGGCAUCGACCUCUUCGUCGGGAGUGUUAAUGGUGGGACCCAAUUUCAGGGUUGGCAAAAAGAUUGGUUGCGGUAACUUUGGCGAAUUGAGAUUAGGCAAGAAUUUGUACAACAAUGAACAUGUGGCCAUCAAAUUGGAGCCCCUUAAAUCGAAGGCGCCCCAACUUCACCUGGAGUAUCGAUUUUACCGGAUGAUGGGGCGUCGCAGUACCACAACUGGUUUACCUGAAGUCUACUAUUUUGGACCUUGUGGCAAGUACAGUGCACUGGUCAUGGAGCUCAUGGGUCCCAGUCUGGAAGAUCUUUUCGACUUGUGUGGUCGGAGGUUUUCUUUGAAAAACGUCCUUAUGAUUGCCUUGCAGUUGAUUGAUAGAAUAGAGAUGGUGCACAGGCACGAUCUAAUCUACCGUGAUGUAAAACCGGAAAACUUCCUUAUCGGCCGGAGUCAUAAUAAAAAGGACAAAGUCAUCCACAUCAUCGAUUUUGGUCUGGCAAAAGAGUAUAUUGAUGCAGUCACCAAUAAACACAUCCCUUACCGGGAACACAAAAGUCUGACGGGCACAGCUCGGUACAUGAGCAUCAACACUCAUCUUGGCAAAGAGCAAAGCAGACGAGACGAUUUGGAAGCUUUGGGACACAUGUUUAUGUAUUUCUUGCGUGGUAGUUUGCCAUGGCAAGGCCUUAAAGCCGACACUCUGAAGGAGCGCUAUCAGAAAAUCGGCGAAACAAAGAGGGCCACUCCCAUUGAGGCUCUGUGUGAAGGCUACCCUGAGGAAUUUGCUACCUACUUACGGUAUGUCCGGAGGCUAGACUUCUUCGAGCGACCAGAUUACAAUUACCUUCGUAAACUGUUCCGCGAUCUCUUUGACCGGAUGGGUUAUAUCGACGAUAACGAGUUUGACUGGACCGGCAAAACCAUGCCAGCCAAUCUGACUCAAUUGCGAGCCCUUCGUAAUGCACCACCGUCUGAUGGUACUCACACGGGAAAGUCAACUCCGGUGGGAUCCGUGUCAACUAACCAGGAGGUGAUUAUAUCACCCAACAGGGAACGACAUCCAGCCACAAACCGGGACAUUUUCGAUGGCGAAGAAGAUGAGGAAGAGGAUGAUGUUGAUGAUAUCUUCCUCGUUGUUCAGCCGACUGGUGCAGCUAAAACGGGUUGGGCUGAAGGGGUGAAGGCGUCAGCGGCUUCGGCAGGUACUUCCGGUGGACCUGGAGGAAACCUACUAGGAGGGACGUUGACUCCAGCCGAUCGGCACGGAUCCGUCCAGGUGGUCUCAUCUACCAACGGAGAUUUGGGCGGCGAUGAUCCAGCCGGCCACUCACACACCCCCAUCACGGCGCAACCUGAAAUCGAAAUGGCUGAAGAGACCAAAUGUUGCUGUUUCUUCAAGCGAAAGAAGAAGAAAUCAUCUCGACCCAAGUAGAUGGGGGCAAAAAGAGGAAACGAAAUCGAUCCCUCUUCCGUGCUUAACACUUAUGUUUUCCCCCCCUACCACGACCACCACACGACUACAACCACUUUUCCCUCAUGAAAUGUGACACACAUUCUCUCUCUCUCUCUCUCUCUCGCGACGUUCUCCUGUCCAACAGCGAAAAUUGCCCACAGGGAGAAGAUGAAGUAGAAGCAGCAGCAGCAGCAGCACGUAACGUGAGGAAGCAGUGAGAAGCUCUCGGCUGUACAUAAACCUAACGCAAAAAGCUUAAAGUGUUUUGAUCCUUGAAUUGAAGGGAUGGAAGAGAAGGAAAAGGAGGACGUCUUCCGAUUUGCCUCACUGCGGACCUUGCUGUGCACCUCACCUCUUAACCAUUCUCUUUAUCUCUCUCUCUCUUUGCAACACCAACAACAUCCAUCGAAUGAAAAUGAUUUUUUAGUCUGCACUCGGCGCCGUGUGCUUUGGCCCCUAAACCGUGACCGGGAUGGUGUGUGCAUGCGACCAUUUUCUGUUCUCGUGAGGUCAAACAAAAUAAUGGAAACGCCGCAAAAGGAGAAGGAAGAUGAAAGAAUGAUGAUGAUUUUUCUGUUUUCUCAAGUGCUCGCAUUUCGUCCGGCCCUCAUAUAUCUGUGUGUGUGUGUGUGUUUCUUCUUUCGUUGCUGCGGAUCGGCUUUUUUUCUUUCUUCCUCCGCUUCCUUCUUCAUUUGGGACCAAAUUCAGGCGGCCCCCUGUCGAUUCACACCCACAUCAUCAUCCAUUUAAAAUUCGGCUCCGCCCUUCUCCCAAAAGGAAAACUCCUGAACGAGAGAGAGAGAGAGAGAGAAAAAGAGAAACAUCAAGAAACUUGUGUGUUUCGUGUUUCGCGUGUGGGGCAUUCAAAUUCUCCCAAAAAGUAUUCCUUCUUCUCUCUCUCUCUUUUUCUCCGCAUCUCUUCAAUUUGUUAUGACAAGUUGUUGUUGUUGCACGGAGCCUCGCGUGUGAUAAAAAGAAAAAGACUUGAAAGGAUGAAGAAGAAAAAGGGAAAAAUGUGUGCGGCCCUUAACCCUCCUCCACUCUCCCUCCUCUUCACAUGUUGUUAGCAGCCAACACAUAAACGAAGAAAUGGAUAAAAUUUAAAAACGAAACGAAACUGAUGAUGAUGGAGGAAAUGUGCGUGUCUGGUGGUGGCCGUGUGUAAGUGUGACUCUCCGUCGUCUUUUUUUGGCCUGGACAAAAAGAAAAAAGGAAAACAAGAUGUUGUGUGGUUAGGUGCAAAACUUGUGUCAAUCAUCUCAUCAUCUCCGACCGCCAUUCCGUCCGCCUAAAUAAUCACCCAUUUUCUUUUUCCUCCAUUUACCCCCUCCAUCCCUCAUCGCCCUGUUUGUGUGUGUGUGUUGUGUGUUUGUUUGUACUUAUCCUGACGGCACUGGCUCCCGCUCAACAUCGAUGUGCUGCAAUUAUAGCCACCUCCUCGCCAGGAAUAUCCAUCUCGCCGGAUUUUUAAAAUAACAGAAAAGCCUGGCCUUUAGAAGGAACCAGUCGAGAGGAUCAAAUUCUAAGGGAGAAACAGAGAGAGAGAGAGGGAAGAGGAGGUUUUGAUGUCGUCACCUGUAAGUGGAUGAAUUGAAGAAAGGCUAAGAAGAAAAGAAACGAAACAAUUUGAUGAUGUAAACUAUAUCAAGUGUCUGUGUGUUUUUCUUUGCUACAAGCCUCUGCAAUCGUGAGCGUGUGUGUGUGUGUGUGCGCGCUGGUGUGUAUGAUGUAAUAACUGUGUUUCGAUGACGGUUAUAGAGUGUCGUCGAUACACUCCCCCCCCCCCCCCCCUCUUUUUUUUCCAGCCGAAUAUCGGCCCCGUCUUGGCUACUUCACUCUUUUGACGACGACACGCAAAUUUCAUUUACCAGAUUCCGCUGCAACACUUUCUUUUUUCUCCUCCACCACAUACACACACACACACAUAGGAUCUACACACACAUGUAUUACUACUAUUACUACUGCUGCUGCUUUUGUGCGUUAGUCUCUCCGAUCGAAGGUUUUGUUUGUUUGCUUAACUGAAUUUUUUUUGUGGCAAUUCAAUUCCCCCCCUAUUUGAAAAUUUGUUUGAUUUUUCCUAAUUUUGGGCUUUCGAGUAAGAAUGAUUUUCUUUGAUAGAUGAAAAGGGGAAACACACACACACAGACGAGUUUGCUGAGGGACGGGGGUAGGAUUAAUUGAUUUUCUUUUAGUUUUCUCCUCUUGUUUCGAUUUUCAUUGAAAUUCCACAAAUGUGACAGAACCGGAUGUUGUUGAUUUCGGGGAGGGGUGAUUUUUUUUGUUCCUGGCUCACGCUGGAAUAGAAAGGAAAAGACGAAACUAAAAGCAUGGAUCACGUGUUUGUUCUCUACCACCUACCCUCCUCUUGUGUCUCGUUCCUCCACCCCUUUGAUUAUGUAUGGAAUUGAUGUAACAGUCAUCAUCAUCAUAAACAGGGGGAAAAGAAGAUGAAAUUGUGUGUGAAAAUGUGCGAGUCGUUCGUCUCUUGUUUCGAUUUUUUUAUUGAUUAAUUAAAUAUUAUUACCUCUGUCUGUCUGUCCGCCAUCGAACCGACAUGUUAUCAUCAUCGAUGGAUUCGAUUCGAGAAAAACAAAA